AUGCAAUAUCAUGUUUCCAAAUAAGAUGUUUUAGGAACUCUCCAAGAUGUCUUCUUGUAAAGGAGUCAUCAAUUGAACAAUUUAAAGCAUUCCCACAAGCAAAAGAAACCUCCUUCUGCGAUUAAGGCCAAGCUCGAUCCCAGUACUAGCAAAAACAAGUUGGAGCGGUAUUUGGAAAAGUACUAAUAAAGAAAAUAAUUGUAAGAGGAAAAUAAUAGUUCCCUUGCACAAUCCAUUCAAAAUACAAAUAUGGCUAAAUUGCAGCAAAAAUUGAAUGAUAGUCAAACAGCCUAUUCAAGUAAGAUGAGUCUUCCAAGGGAGUCCACGGAAAACGACGACAAAGAACAAUAAUUGAUAGGAGUGGGAUUAUCACAAUACAUGCAAUAAUUACAGCGAUCCAAGUUGCAAAGUGCAUAAGUCAAUUAAGAAUGCUAAACUGAAUCACAAAAAGAGUAGGUAGAUGUUUAAAGUGCGAAUGGAUCAAUUUAAGAUAAUAAUUAAUCUAGCAACUCUGUAGGUGAGGAAAUUAAAAUAUUAAACACUAAACAUGUUCAAUGGAAUACUCAUAAUAAGCAGAUUCAAUUGGGUCUUUAAUUGGAGACAGGAUAGCAUAUCAAACAAGACUUUUCAUGUUAAUUUAAUACUGAAAUCAAACUUAAUUAAUUGAUUGAAAAUUAGUAAAUUAAAUAAAUUUGUCAAAACAAUCAAGAAAUUAAGUUGGCGCCUUAAAAUGAUUUUGGAUGCUAAUUUAAUUAAUCUAACAAUUAAAUAAGUAUAAUUUUGCAAGAUUAAUGCACAAAGAAUACCAGAACAAAAAAUAGGUGUCUGACGUCAGCUAGCCGAAAAGAUUAAAAUAACCAACUUAAUAGUAAUGAUCAAAUAACUUUCUUGGAAUAAGAAUUACAAUUAAGAGACGAGAUGUUGGAAACUAAGACACGUACUAUUGCUGAUCUACAAUAAUAGUUAAAUGACUUUUAUCAGAUAUUUAGUAAGGAGAGUGACAUUGAACAAGAUAAUGGCUAAUAGGAUUUAAAUCUAUCGAGCGAACAUUGGAAAGUCGAUGAGUUGAAUAGACAAUCUGACAAUGAUGAGGAUUAGUUAACAUCGCUUAUGUUGAAAUAAAGUGAAGAGAUCCAAGAAUUGAAAAGAGUUCUGGAUGAGGCAAUUGAAGCGAAGAAACAAUUGAGCGAGGAACAGGAAGAGUUGAUCAUCUAAAUUAAAUAAUGUAAAUAAAAAUUGAUCGACGUUGAAGAAAGUAAAGCUAGAGAAAUAGACUGUCUUAAUCAGGAUUAUUAAGAUAAAUUAUCAAAGUAGAAUAUGAUAAUGGAUGAAUUGCAAUCUCAAAUAUGCAGCAUUCAAACUAGUCCAACUGAAAUUCCUUUGAAUUCUAAUUAGAUUACUGUGAUUCAUCCUACACAAGAACAAUCUAUUGAUGAGCGGGAUUCUUUCUCUUCUUAGGGGAAGACUAAGAAUGUCUUGAAACAUAUCAACAAGAUGUCCAUAAUGACUGCAGGUUGGAUGUCCAACAAAUAAGAUUAUGUUACUCUUGGGGUCUUGGGGAGAAUCGAUCAGACUAAGAGUUAAACAAAAUUAGAUUCGUUUAAAAAAUUAAAUUGA